AUGGCGCAAGAGGACAUUGGCUCCAUCCACGAGGAUAGCUUGCCUACAGAGAAGCCCGGCUUUUCUACAACGGCGCACCUCGACAUCAAGUACGGCCAGACCAGGCGCGGUCUCUCCCCGCGACAUGUCCAGCUCAUGGCUAUCGGCGGUUCAAUCGGCACUGGCCUCUUUGUCGGCAUUGGCAGCGUGCUCUCCCGAUCCGGGCCGCUCUCUCUCUUCCUAGGUUACCUUCUCUGGGGUGUCUUUUUCGUUUGGCCUUGCAACCUGUGCGUCGCAGAAAUGUGCGCAUACCUACCUGUUCGAGGUUCCAUUUUUGAACUGGCCGCCAGAUUCGUCGACCCGGCAGUUGGAUUUGCGAUGGGCUGGACGUACUUUUACGCAGGAGUUAUGCUUGUCUGCGUCGAAUACAGUUCUAUAGCGACAGUCAUGCAAUAUUGGAACAAAGACAUCAACCCUGCCGUAUGGAUCGCCAUGGCCAUGGUAGUGUGCAUCUUUCUCAACGUUGUCGCUGUCAAAUGGUAUGGCGAAGCCGAGUUUGUCAUGGCCUCUCUCAAGUUGCUCCUCCUUGUCGGACUCGUUCUGCUCACCUUCAUCACCAUGGUUGGCGGAAACCCGAAGCACGACGCAUACGGAUUCACACAUUGGAAAAAUGGGAAUGCAAUGCAUGCAUACUAUGCUGAAGGUGCGGCAGGCCGGUUCCUCGGUUGGUGGAAGGUCGUGCUCUAUGCCGGCUUUACCAUUGCUGGCCCAGACAUGAUUGCUCUGGCAUCUGGCGAAAUCCAAAACCCCCGACGAACAAUUCCCCGCGUUGCGAAGCUCAUCUUUUAUCGACUUGUCGGUUUCUAUGUCAUUGGUGUCCUUGCAGUGGGCAUUAUUUGCAGCUCCCGAGAUCCUCGCCUCAUUGGAGCCAUCAAGGACAGCUCUGCCGGCUCUGCAGCCUCACCAUGGGUUAUUGGUAUUGAGAACCUGGGCAUCCGGGGCCUUCCUCACUUGAUCAACUUUCUCAUUCUCACUUCUGGCUGGUCGUGCGGAAACGCAUACCUCUAUUCGUCAUCUCGAACCCUAUAUGGUCUCGCUCGAGACGGCCAAGCGCCCAAGUUCCUCAUGAAGUGCACCAAGUCUGGUGUCCCGAUGUACUGCGUCGCCGUUGUCAGCGUCAUCACCUGCAUCACCUUCCUUGUGUCGUCCAACUCGGCUGUUCAGGUCUUUUACUGGUUUGUAGACCUCACAACGACUGGUCUGAUUGCUACAUACACCAUGAUGCUCUUGGUAUUUAUUGGGUGGUACCGUGCGCGCACCGCGCAGGGCCUUCCCGCAGCUUCACUACCAUACACUGCACCACUUACACCCUACGCAGCCUACUUCGCCCUUACCAUGGGCUGCAUUGCCUUGAUCUUUAUCGGUUUUGACACCUUUGCGCCGUUUAGCGUCCAAGGAUUCAUUACGGCGUACUUUUGUCUACCAUACAGCUUGGUCUUUUUCGUGGGAUGGAAGGUUGUUAAGAAGAGCAAAUUCGUUAAGCCCGAAGAGGCAGACCUGAUCAGCGGCAAGGCCGAAGUCGACGAAGAAUGCCGACACUGGGAAGAGGGCGGUAUCGAAGCGAACUGGAAACGCGCACUACAGGAGAUGCCAAUUUGGAAACGCUACUGGGAACGACUAUGGUAA